AUGCCCCUUGCCGCUUCACACGACAAACCUGUUAGAAAGCGCAAUGUCGUCUCGCGUGGUCGAACCGGUUGCCUAACUUGCCGACGCAGAAGACUCAAGUGCGAUGAGACGAAACCAGGGUGUAACAAUUGCAGACGUAUCAACCUUCCGUGCGAAGGAUAUGCUCAGAGGAUUACUUUCAAGGACCAGACGAAUCUCAUCGUUGCAAGAGCGACAGGCAGGCCAGUAGGGAAGAAAGGGCGGUCAUCGGGCUCUAAGAAUGAGGAGCAUGGCGAGCCAAACGGCACAUUCGCCAAUUCCAGCAGCGGAAAACCAAUCGGUGUGAAAACACCACCUUCUCCCCCGUUGUCCGAGUCUUCAGAAACAUGCUUUUCUGUGGAACCGAAACAGGAAGAUACGAAAGCAACUUUUCAACGAGAUCCAAAUACUCCGGCCAAUUCCGAUAUCCGUCAUACCGCCCCGGAUUCAUUGAUGGUGAUGCGCGACGGCUACUUGACGCCAUACUCUCCAAUAUCCGUAGGAAACGCGCUCUCGCCGAGCCGUAUCCUGUCCAAUUCAUCUCUUUGCCUCCUUGGAGCGUUUGAGUUUCCAGAGGAUUACACCUAUUAUGAAUACUCCGCCAAUGGUCAUCUAUCGGGUCUUUCAAAAGUCUUACCUCUAUCGGAGUUCCUCAAAUCACAAGCCAUGUCCCACCACGUUUAUAACGCCGCCAUGGCCCUAGCAGCUCUCACAAUGUCGAGUUUCGAGCCAUAUUCGAGAGGGUCGAUCAAUCUACGCCGUCACGCCUUUCAUCAUAGCCUGAGGGCCAUUCAGGGCUUGAAUGCGGAGUUAUCCUCGAGCAGCACGGCGGAGAUUGCGAGUCGAUCGUGGAAUUAUGACAGGGUUCUUUCAUUGUUCGCCACAUCCAUGUUGCUUGCCAAUUUUGAGCUUCAGCGAGGCGCCUUGCUUUCAUGGCGCUCGCACAUGCAAGGUGCCGCAUUAUGCCUUAAUACUGGAUACAAACAGCUUAUGCAAACUCCGACAGGAAUGCUGUUGAUCAGGGCUUUUGCGAGAAUGGCUCUUUUGUUGCGCUUAUAUAACAAAGAUUACUCUGUUACCUCGCCGGAAACUAUGCCCCCGAAAAUAUCAAGAUGGCUAGAUCUGCUUUUGAAGCAAUCAUCACAUCUACGGGACAGGAUGUUGUUGCUGGUAGAAGAGGUAACAGCAUUGGAGAUACAGAAACGUCAGGAGCCCGAAUUGGAUAGUUUCUGGUCUAGCAAAAGUUCGGAGCUUCUUUGCAAGCUAGAUAGAUGGCGGACAGACGUACCGAUUGACGAAAAUCCCGUGGACGAUGACUUUAGCGGAGCUUAUCUGACGAUAUCUUCUUCCGAUGACUCGUCUUUGGUCCGUGUAUCUGCGCUCGUUUUUCCCAAUGCCAGAGACCCUUGCACCUCAGCCGUCAAUUAUGCAGCGUAUCUCUGCACGAGCAUGCGGGCACGUACGCGAUAUCUCCCGGAUUCAGGACGGAUAGUUCCUCCUGAUGCGGAGCGGACGGCGCUCACCAUAUGUCGGAUUGCGGCAGGGAUACCGCCCACGCGAUUCGGCGAGUCUUUCACGCACAGCUACGGCAUGCUUCCGUCGGUAGUCGGAGCCUACCGGUGGUCGACGAACCCGGGUCUGCGCAACUGGGUCAAGCAUUGGCUGGCAGGUUAUCGAGGGCCACGAGAGGGAAUCUGGAACAUUCAACAAACGCUUAAGCUUCUCGCGACGAUGGACAGCCUGCCGAAGCCAGGUUGGCACUUUGUUGCUAUGAAGGUCAUUGACGAGCCGCAAGAACCAUCGCCAGAUCUCGACGAAGCUCACAGCAAUGAGCCAUUCAAGUGUCCUGGCUAUGCAAAAGCCCGCAAAUUUAUGGACGAAGGACCCCUGAUCAAGAAGCGAUAUGAGCAGACUGCAAAUCCAGUCAAUGAGCACGAGAUCCAGGAAAUACGAAGAGAGCAGAGUUUCGCACAUCCACAUGAUUCAAUCGACGAGCAAAUUUUCCCUUCUUUAGUCACAAAGUCGAUGAGUCGGCAGCAGCCUGCAGUAUUCCGUGACUUCGUGCUCACGGCAUUUCCUCGCUGGUUCGGUCUAAACAAAUAUCGUGUUCAUGUUCCUUGGGCAGUGUAUGUAGCGGAUGUUUUGGGAACAACUCCAGCCCUGGAUGCAGCUAUUUUCUGCAUCACGUCCGUUUUCAUGGGGCGUUCAAAUCAUGACGUUGCCCUGCAAAAAUCUAGCCGAGAGAUGUACUCAAAGGCUUUGGCUUCCUUAGGAGGCAUGAUCAAGCAUGAGAAGAUCAUGCGCUCAAGGGAAAGCGUUAGCACAUCCAUCUUACUCAGCCUUUUUGAAGCAUACUCUCAGACAAGAGAGGACUCCUGGGCUCAGCAUGCCUCUGGAGCUGCUCUCCUGAUGUCCAUGCGCGGGGCGAAAUCCCAUCUCACUGGCUUCGAUCGCUGCCUGUAUCUUUCCUUUCGCAGCUUCCUCGCUGCCGCUGCGUUCAUCGAGGGCAAACCAUGCUUCUUCGAAAAGCCAGAGUGGCAAUCCCUGAUUGACGAGAUCCGAAAGCAAGACAUGGCCGAUCCACGAGCGAAUGCAACAAUCUCGGCCAUCAUUGACGUAACGGACCGAUUAUUCAUGGAAGUCGUCAAGAUUCCCGGCCUGAUGUAUCGGGUCAACCGUCACCUCCAGGCCUCUCCGCCAACGUCGCCCUCGGAAUCAGAACAACUAAUUUCGAGGUUAUACCGCUGCAAAGAGAAAAUACAUGGUUUAGCAUCUGAGCUCCGUCUCGUUGCCGCCGUGCAGGGUCAUAGAAUCAUCGGCGGUAAAUUAUCCCUCAUAGGGCCCAUUCCGUCCACCCUGCCACAAACUUUCUCGAACGGCGUCCUGCGCGGCGCCAACAAUUGCUUCAAAAUCCUAGACCUUCUGUCGCAUAAUCUCAUGGUUUCUCAACACAAGGGCUACUCGCCUCACGCCAUCGCUGGCACUCCCGCUGGGCCUAGAUCAUCAUCAUCACCACCGUCCCUUGUAUCAGCUCCGGAGUCAAUGUCGAGUGAAUCCUUCUUCGACGAGCCCAAAAUCGUACCCUUCCACAUAGUCUCCAGAUUUCGCGAUUUUGAAGACGGCGGGAGCUUGACUCUGUCUGAGGGCCCAAAAAUGAGCCCAGUGGACAAAUGGUUGGAUCAAGUCGCUUCGUCCAUGGGCAUGGAGGCCUUUGAAGUUGUCAUUGAGGAUAAGAUCGACAGGAGUUGUUCAAGCCUAGAUAUGGAACCGCAGCUCGAACAUGCCUCAGCAUUACCAAUGAGAGAGAAAUCGGUCUUCUGA